CGUGUCAUGUUUGCUAAUUUCGAGCUGUCUUCCGGCGGAUUGGUCGCAGCGGACGUCAAGCCCAAGCGAACACGUACAGAUCAGGGUUGUCUACCAUGUCGGCGAAAGAAGAAGAGGUGUGAUCUUGCGAAGCCUGUUUGUGUGCGCUGCCGGAAGAGCAUUGGAUCUGUUGUCUGCGAAUGGCCUGCACACGCAGCGUCGCUAGCCUCCGAAGAUGGCGGCAGAUAUCAACCGCAUCUUGACCUCGAUGCUGGUAGAGAUCCAAUCCGGCUGUCAGCAAACCCUGGAUCUUCGUCCCAAACUACAGUGGUACUUCGCGAGAAGGGAAGGAGCAACCACGGCAUAAUAUCUCCGAACACUAUGGGACGUGUGUGGGAGAAACCACCCUCACCACAGAACAGCAUAGAGAAUUGUAUCACUGUCAGCCUUCCUAGCGGAGUAAAGACAGUAUCACCGAAAUUAACAUCUAGUCAACUUAUUCAAAUCACGACUGCAUUCGACAAGGCCAUCAUUUCCCCAGACAAUGGCAGUCUUGAUCAACCAGCAUCUCAACUCUGUCUGCCGUUGUGUCUACAGAACUCAUCACUUAUGCAUGCCUGGCUAUCAUGCGGUACUGCAUUUGUAACAAGGGCACAACCAGGAGGUAUCCAGAAGGCUCUUGUACACUAUCAACAAGCAGUCAAGGGGCUUGCUACUGCUCUGACCGAGACUGGCCUGACUGCUCCGGAAUGGAAGGUGGCUGCGACACUUCUGUUACAUACUUUCGAGGCAAGAGCUUCUCUUUUAGAGUGUACAACCUCCAAGCUAACUCAUGGUCAAACAGNNUCGAUGAGCCCAAGGACCGACGAGCCUGCUAGUAUGCGAGUCGCCCAUCUGAGCGGUGCCCACAACCUGGUUCGGGUAAGCAUGAUGAAUAGAGCACCUUCAUCGAUGCACCAAGUCCUCCUACUCGAGGCGUAUUCGUUCCGCACAGUGCACAAUCGACUCUUCCAGCCUUUCCCUUCGCUGCCUUACGACUAUAUCGAGCGGCUGUUCGAAACACUGUGUCUCCCAGGAAGUCCUCGACAAGAUAUGGUCAGACAAUGGAGAAAGUGCCCCUGGGUGGGUAUGUGCGCUCCACUAUUUGACAUGGCCUUCAAGCUGUGUUGGUUGAGGGAUAGGCUGCCUCUCCAAGGCAAAGAUUUGAUCGAUGCAAUUUCUCUCUCAACCAGGAUCAUGAAUUGGCGAGCACCUGUCGAGGCUCCAGAAGAUUUGUUCGACGUCGAUUCCGGUACAGCCGACACUUUUAUGAUGAAGAAUCUGCUUUCAGCAAAGGCUUGGUACUAUGGCUGUCUGUUCCUCUCACACAAGCUAUUGAACCCGUCGACUGGGCCUUUCGAUCCGGAUCUUGUUGUCAUAUCUCGGCAAAGCCACAAGGUCUUCCAACAGAUGGAUCUUCUUCAGGGUGCAUCUGCGCUUCUUUUGUGGCCGAUCUUCUUGCUUGGUACAGGUGCUGUCACGCCUGCUGACCAAACAGCGUUCAGCAAUGCUAUUGUGUCGUGCGCUCCGAGAUCGGGUCCUGGUACCGUUCUACGCACCACACAACUUCUUCACUGGGCGUGGGCGUCGGACACUGAACUCGAAGCAGGAUUUUUGGGCUCAGACAUUAUUCUUCGAACUGAUAUUCUCAGGCAAUUCUUCAUGUAA